GCUGCCAUCAUGCUCGUACUCAAUGCGGAGUCCUGUUCUGGAGGUUCAAGCUUUGAACUCUGCGCUUGCAAAUCAGAUUCAGAAUCACAGUCCUUUCUUUGAACUUCAUUUCUAGAUUGAUCAAUGGUGAAUGCAAUGCGCACUGUGUAAGUCUUACUGUUGUCCUUCUGAAACCUGGUCACUGCCUUGCUGCCAAUCUCAACUCCUAUAGCAACGAUACUCCAACUCGUCAAGUUUGAGGGGAGCCGCUUGUCUAAGCAGUAGGACGCUGGAGAUGGCAGGCUUGAAACGGGAGCCUAAAGUCCGAAUCCGCAGCGUAGACGACCAUGUCAUAAAGUUUGAGCUCCGUGACACAGAUACCAGCGUUGCAAAUGCUCUACGCAGAGUGAUUCUUGCAGAAGUUCCGACAAUUGCAAUUGACUUGGUGGAGAUUGAAGCAAACUCUUCGGUUUUGAAUGACGAGUUCGUUGCCCAUCGAUUGGGCCUUAUUCCUCUGGUCAGUGAUAGAGCAGCACAGAUGGUGUAUGGCCGGGAUUGCGAUGUGUGCGAUGGCGACACGCAAUGCGAACAUUGUUCGGUGGAGUUUACUCUGGACGUGCGCUGCGAGGGGGACUCCACUCUGGAUGUAACCACCUUUGAUCUUCAAACCUCCGAUGAGACGGUGGAACCAGCGGAUGUGGCUGCAGCGAGGAAAGCAAUGGAGGAAGAUGAGAAACUGUUGAAGGGCAUCUUAAUAGUAAAAUUACGGAAGAACCAGGAGGUCAAGCUGCGCUGCCUGGCACGCAAGGGCAUCGGCAAGGACCACGCGAAGUGGAACCCCGCGGCCACUGCGGUCUUUCAGUUUGAGCCGGAGAUCAUCAUCAACCAGCAGCUUAUGGAGACGCUGACCGAGGAGCAGAAGCAAGAGUGGAUUGACUCCUCGCCCACAAAAGUUUUUGACAUUGAUCGGGCAACCCGGCAGGUGCAAGUCGUCAAUGCGGAAGCGUACGCCUAUGAUGAGGAAGUGAUCAAGAAGGCGGAGGCCAUGGGCUUCCCAGGUUUAGUGACCAUCUCCGCCCGGGAAGAUAGUUUCAUCUUCACAGUUGAGGCCACGGGAGCACUGAAGCCGGAGACAAUCGUGCUCAAUGCUCUUGACGUCCUGCGGAUGAAACUUGACGGUGUUAGAAACGGGCUUACGAUGGCCCUUAUGGAAGAUCCACAGAUGAUGAACUAUCAAAUGAAUGGGGGAUAAGUGCUGUAAGGAGAUCACAAGUGAGGUUCAUUCUAGUCGUAUCCAAACCCCCUCCAUACAAAGACCGAAUUGCGAAGAACCUGGUGAGCCAUCGUCCAAUCUGGUGCAGUGAUUUAGCGGGCUUGCAAACCACUAUCAGAUUCGAAUGGUGAUGUCCGCGAUAGGCCAGCUGCAUAUUGAGCCUGCGUGCAAUGACUGCGCUUUCAAAGGAUCUUACGGAUCGGUUCCGAUGCCUCUUAGCUCUCUGUAAUGAAGCCGGCCAGUUGAACUAGACAGCUCAGAAAACGCGUGGACUCAUAAAGGAUCGAUAGGCUGAAGAUUGAGAUUGCAGAUCGAAUUACACAAGUCCGAGCAAUGGUGAAAUGGAUGGACGUAAUGAAAAUCUUUGCAUGUAAUACAAUCGCAAUCAAA